GUUGAGGCGUUCCUCGAGGAGCAGACGUACCAGGAGCGCCGUGGCCCCGCGGCCAAGGAGCUUAAAGAUGAUCAGCUCUUCUUUCUGGAUACGACCGCUGAUGCCGACGGCGCAGCUGCAGUGGCCGACGGCAGGCGUCCGGCAAAGCGGCGGCGCGAAGAAGCCGCCGCCAAGCCCCUCCGCGCGCAGCAAAUCAUAGCGGAGGCGCACAAGGCUAAACCCCUGGCGUUGGCGCCGCCACCACGCAAGGCGGCGACCGCUGCGGGUGCUGCCACUACCAACCGCACCUCGGUCAAGACCGCCGUCACUAACGGCAAAACUCACACCGGCACCGGCAGGGGGUCCGUUGGUCUACACGCACUGGACAUCUGGGGAGAUGAGGACACGGGCUUGACGGCGGGUGCGGCGGCGAAGCAACAGCAGCAACCGCAACAACAAGAAGAGAAGGUGGAGAUGAGGAAGAAGGUCGGGAAGAAGGAGCGGAAGGCGGCGGCGGCGGAAUCGGAGGCAGCGGCAGCGGCGGCGGCGGCGGCAGUGCGCGCCAUGGGUCCCUCGGUGAAGGCGCUGCGGAAGGCGGCGUCAUCGCCGCCGCCGCCACGGGUGGCGGCCGUAGCGGUGGACAUUCCGGGUUGCUCCUUCAACCCCGACGGGGAACAGCACCAGGACGCGCUGGCGGUGCUGGUGGCCUCGGAGAUGCGGAAGCAGCUGCGGAGGGAGCUGCUGCCGAGUGCCCCGCCGGAGGAGGUGGAGGCGGACGGGGGAGAGGGCCGACCGCUUACGGAGCUGGAGGCGCUGCAGGUGGAGGCUGCUUCUAGCGGCGACGAGGAGGAGGAGGAGGAGGAGGCGGCGAAGACGAAGGCGGGGAAGGCCGUGCUGGCAGCAGCGGCUGCGGACCCGAAUGCGAUCGCGCUGGCGGCUGAGGGGGAGAGCGACGGCGGAGGCGAGGACGGAGGCGAGGGCGGGGGAGGUGCGGAGAAUGGCGGCGCUGGCGGUGCGGGUGUGCUCGGGAAGCGGAGCAGGAAGUCCGAGAAGAAAAGCCGCAAGGACCGAAACAAGGAGGCUCGUCGUAAAGCCGCCGAGGCCGAGGCUGAGGAGCGGCGGAGGCUGAAGGCUCAGCGGCGGCAGCUGCAGUCGCUGCAGGAGGUGGAGGCCGAGCUGGAGGAGGAGCGGCAGGACAAGGAGGUCCGGCGGCUCCGGAGGGCGGUCAUGCUCCAGGAGCGUGCGGCGGUGCAGCCCCCUCGGCUGGGUAAACUCAAGUUCGAGCCGCCGUCGGUGCAGGUCCUAACCAGUGAUGAGAAGACUGGCAGUUUGCGGCGGGUGGUUCCCUGCGCCAUGUUGGCUGCGGACCGCUUCAAGAGCCUGCAGCAGCGGGGCCUGCUGGAGCCCAGGAGGCCGCAGCCGUUCAAGGAGAGGAGGCGCAAAGUCACGUACGAGAAGGGCGCCCGCUCCGAGCUCGCGGCGGCGGCCUCCUCGGAGGUCCGGGACCUGGCCCUCCGGAACAAGAAGGCGAGGCGGCAGGCCAAGGCGGCGGCAACCAGGGCCGGCGGCGAGGAUGACUGGCUGUGAGGCUCCUGAAUAAAGGUUCCUGAAUGCAUGGCGACUAGGUCUAGGACCCACGGGUCGGGCAGGGGUCGGUCACUAGGGCGUAUCGCUUUCCGGCUGUCUCGGCUGUCGGCAUGCAGAUGAAGCCGCGCAGGUUAUGUAGAAGGGGAGGGGAAUGUGGGAUUCGGAAUCGACUGCUCUGGGUGUUCCGGCAUGAAACAGUUUGCAGUAUACUAGGCUAUCAGAGCUUUGCUUCCUCUCUAGUGGGGGAGAUGGACGGAGGGGUAUAUACCCCCGGAGUGAGCAGCUAGGAUGUACGAACGUAUGUACGUC